AAGACAUGGAGAGAGACAAAAGCAAUUGUUUAACUCUGGCAUUCCCCUGAAAGAGAUACUCAAGAAGGAUUUGUGUGUGAUCAGCAUUGUGCUGUACCACAGUGAAGAGGUAUUUUUCAGUUCAAGACACCUUACAUUAAAGGAUCAUGGUAGACAGUUUGAUAGUUUCUUUGAGACUUCUCAGUUCCCUAGCAGUGCUGGGAUUUCAGUUUGUCAUCCCACAGCCUUCCAUUGAACACAGAAAGGUUCCCCAGAGGAUAGAAGAGCAAAGAGAUGCAUCUGAGGAUAGCAGUGCAGGAAUCCCAGGCAUGUGGGGAAGUUGGGGCCCCUGGUCUGCCUGCUCUCGGAGCUGCAGUGGCGGUGUGAUGGAGCAAACGCGGCCCUGCCUCCCAGCCUAUUACCGGGAAAGGGGGUACCGACGGCCGGGGCGGCAGUACCCGGCCUCAGAGAGAACUCUUGCUCAUCAGCACUCCCGCCACCGCGAGGACUCGCUGACUGCUUAUCCUGGCCACAUCAUUUCUGCCAUCCGUACAUCUGUGCCGCUUCACAGGAAUGAAGAGCAGCUUUGGGCCGGCCUUCGGGCCUCUGCUUCUUCCGGAGGCCAUAAUAACAGCCAUCUGAGCAGAGGAGCAUUGAGAGGCAGCAGGCAUUCUCAGUCCCCCAGGCAGAACGCCAAGCCAGAAAAGAGAAGCAGAAACAGAAAUCCUAUUGGUCCAGGAAAGUAUGGAUAUGGAAAAGUGCCAUACAUUUUACCUUUACAAACUGAUACUGGUCAGCAGCCUCAGAAACUUCGGAGGCAGCGACAGUCUUCGAGGAACCAUGUAUUUCAUCAGAGUCCAAGUCUCAUGAACACUUACAGCCAGGCAGCUAGUCCUUCACUUCAACAUGGAAAUCUUUAUCAAGAAGAAAGUGAGCCUCAGGCUGGACAUCAAGUCCUGGGACCCUCAGUUUAUCAGUCGUCUUCGUUUCCUGUGUCUCAAAGCCUGUUUCAUGGCAGUGACUCAAACCACCAUGGGUCUGCAUCACACCACGCAGUCCAGGGUCAGCCCCAGCCUCAAAGGGCUGCAGCGAUUGUAUGCAUUGGCACCUACAAGCAAUAUAAACUCUGCAACACAAAUAUGUGUCCCGAAAGCAGCAGAAAUAUUAGAGAGGUGCAGUGUGCAUCAUACAAUAACAAACCAUUUAUGGGUCGAUUUUAUGAAUGGGAACCUUUUGCUGAAGUGAAGGGAAGUCAGAAGUGUGAGCUGAAUUGCCGUGCGAUAGGUUACCGUUUCUAUGUGAGACAAGCUGAAAAGGUGAUAGAUGGGACACCCUGUGACCAAAACGGAACUUCAAUCUGUGUGGCGGGGCAGUGCAAGAGCAUUGGCUGUGACGACUAUCUGGGUUCAGACAAGGUGAUUGACAAGUGUGGAAUAUGUGGAGGGGACAACACUGCUUGCAAGGUUGUGUCUGGAGUUUUCAAACACACGCUAACAAAUCUUGGCUACCACAAGAUAGUGGAAAUUCCUGAAGGAGCUACUAAAAUCAACAUUACUGAGAUGUCAAAGAGCAACAACUAUUUGGCGCUGCGGAGUCGAUCAGGACGGUCCAUCAUCAAUGGAAACUGGGCAAUUGAUCGACCUGGGAGAUACGAAGGUGGCGGGACAAUGUUCACUUACAAACGCCCUAAUGAAAUCUCCAGCACUGCAGGAGAGUCGUUUUUAGCUGAUGGUCCAACAAAUGAAGUCCUUGAUGUCUAUAUGAUACAUCAGCAGCCUAACCCAGGUAUACACUAUGAGUAUAUCAUUCCAGGAGACAAUGUUAUCAGUCCUCAGUUGCUUGCUCACAGGAGGCCAGGGGAGCCCUUGAAUGGCCAGUUAGGAAUGCCAGAAAGUACAAAUCAAGAGGAUAAGGAUUUGCAUAGGGAGACAGACACUCUCACUGGACAGUCAACUGGAACUUUUCCAGCUAUUCAGCCAGGAAGAUUUUCUUCUCAUCAGCCAGAAAACCAGGUACCUGCUGUGCAACCACCAAGACAAAACCGAGAACACAACUGGAAACAGACUGGAAAAACUGAGUGCACUACCACAUGUGGGAAAGGGUCACAGUACCCAGUUUUCCACUGUGUCAACAGAAUCACUCAUGAGGAGGUAUCUGAGAGUUACUGUGACAGCAGCACCAAACCUAUUCCAGAAGAGGAGGCCUGCAACCUCUUCCCAUGUCCAGCUUUUUGGGAUAUAGGGGAGUGGUCUGAGUGCAGCAAAACAUGUGGCCUUGGUAUGCAGCAUCGACAGAUCUUAUGCCGACAAAUGUAUGCCAAUCGGACAUUGACCGUUCAGCAGUACCGCUGUCAUCACCUGGAGAAACCAGAGACAACCAGCACUUGUCAGCUGAAGAUCUGCAGUGAAUGGCAGAUUAGGACAGAGUGGACUUCAUGUUCAGUGCCUUGUGGAGUGGGGCAGAGGACCCGAGAUGUGAAAUGUGUCAGCAACCUUGGAGACAUUGUUGAUGAUGAAGAAUGCAACAUGAAGCUGCGGCCAAAUGAUAUUGAGAACUGUGACAUGGGUCCCUGUGCUAAGAGCUGGUUCCUUACAGAGUGGAGCGACAGGUGUUCUGCAGAAUGUGGUGACGGAGUCCGUACGCGUUCAGUGGUUUGCAUGACGAACCAUGUCAGCAGUUUGCCCCUGGAAGGCUGUGGCAACAACAGACCCUCUGAAACAACUCCCUGUAAUAAUGGACCCUGUGCUGGUAAAGUGGAGUGGUUUGCUGGGGCCUGGACACAGUGCUCUACUGAAUGUGGCAGUGGAACUCAACAGAGAGAAGUCAUUUGUGUUAGGAAAACUGAAGGUAAUUUUGAUGUUUUGAACCCCUAUGAAUGUUCAUAUUUGGAAAAACCUCCAAGCCAGCAAUCCUGCUACCUCAAACCCUGUGGAUCUAAGUGGUUUCAUACAGAAUGGAGCACAUGUUCCAAAUCCUGUGAAGGAGGAUUUCGGGUUCGAGAGGUACGAUGUCUAUCAGAUGACAUGAUAGCCAGUACUCAGUGUGAUCCACAGCUUAAACCUGAAGAAAAAGAACCAUGUAACACACAAGAUUGUAUCCCUGAAAUAGAUGAGAACUGCAAAGAUAAAUACUACAAUUGCAACGUGGUGGUUCAGGCCCGGCUCUGUGUCUACACCUAUUACAAAACAGCCUGUUGUGCAUCUUGUACACGUGUGGCAAACAGACAAUCAGGGUUUCUAGGACGUAGAUAACAAAUACUCUUCUACACAAAGCGGCAAUGUCAGUCUUCAGAUGGAGCUUGAACAGUGUUACUGUUUUGACUACAGCAGGUUUUAGCUUCUUAGAGAUGGUUUUUUAUAUUGCUGAGUACGUCAAGACUAUGGUUAAAUCUUGCACCCUUUCAGUUACAGUUAUUGUGCAGUUAUCUUUUUUAAAAUGUUUGUUUUGUAAAACCAUGAUCUUUUUAAAGCAUUAAUUUUUAAUGAGACUAUUAUUUGCACCUGCUCAUCAGAUAAUUAUUUAAAGAAUAUAGCAGCCUUAGUAUUGUGAAAUUAAACUAAAUCAAUCACAGGCAAUUACUGGAGAUAUUUGACCAGUAUGGAUGCAGCUGCUGCAUUACUUCCUGGGUGCUUACUUCUACUUGGUAUUUUGGAAUGCUUUAAAUUAGAUGACUAAAUCAAUGAAACAUACACAUGAGAAAAAUUACUUCACAAAGAACCAGACCCUUGAAGACCCAUUUAUCAUCAGUUUCUUAGCACUCUUAACAUAUAUUUUUAAUUACUUCUGUCCGUUCAUAAUAAAUUAGAGUCACUGUUAAGCUCUCUCAAUUAUAAUUUUAACUAACUUCCUGUCCUCAGGCAGCAAAUAUAUAUACACUUGACUGCCAAAAAGUGCCUUUAUAUUUAAUUCAUAAACUCUUGAAGUUACACUUUUCUAAUUUUGUAUGGAUUUUAAAAUACAUUACCUACCAGAGUGCCACUAGUGUCUAGCCCUUUAAGUCUUUAACAACUGCAGCUGUCAGUGAGACAGAUUUACCAGGAAGGUGAAGAGCCUUUGCUGGUAUAAAAAAAGUGAUUGUUUCCAUUGGCAAGGUCUCUUUCCUGGAGGGCAGUUAUUUCAGUGAACUGAUACCUUGUCACUGCACUAUUGCUUAACAACUACCAUACCAAAGUACUCUGUCCAGACUUACUCUGGAUAUGUCACCAGUUUCUGGAACAACCACCAAAGGAUGCAGCCUUUGCGCUUUAUAGUAGUCUGUUACUCUUGGUAUCAGGCAGCAGUGUGAGUGUAGUAGCCGAGUAUUUAUAAAAAGGUCUUUGCUAUUGACAUUCUUCAGAUUUUGAUCAGUUAUUACAACAUACUUGACUUUUACUAGUCAAUGUUUCAUCCUGCAGGUCUAUUCACAUCAUUCCUUUUCUACUACUCAAGAAUGGCUCCAAACUUGGAGCUGAAUUUAGGUGGUGAUUUCUCAUUUCUGCAAUUACUGUGCACGGCCUUGGGACUUGCUAAAAGCAAAUAGAAUGUGGUAUGCAGUGCAGAUUAAAGUGUUUGCAUUAUCUGCACAUUCUUUAGCCUUUACCUGAUGGGACUUUCAAACAUGUAAAUAAGGCUGAGGGAGAAAAUAAACACCUUUACUUAUUCAGCUGUUUAUUACAGCAUACUCCUUGUAAAUUAGUGAUACCCAACUAUGCAUCUAUUACUAAGGUGUCUGUUGUCUGAGUUGAAAACCAAUUUUAAUAAUCUGUGUUAAAUCACUCCCAAUGAUGUGAUAAAAAUGUGAUUAAGGUAUCCUGCUACUGAUGAAGAGCCACAUUGUGUAGUCUUUUCUUCUUACGGCUUCGAUGAAGAGGGUGUAGAAGAGAGACUGGGGCACUAGGAGGCAAAAGUUGCUGGGUGUAGUGCUAGCCACAUCAGUCCGUGUGCUGGAAGCCACAGGAAGGUAGAACUCCUGUAGUCUAAAAGCUGUGUGGGAUUGAGACAAACCUUAAAUUUUUUGAUUCAGUCACUUGCGAAAAAUAUAGUUCAGACAUGAUGAACUACUACUGUUUGGCUAAGUGAAAUGAAGAAGUGUUUUCCCUAAAAUUUGUAGUUACUAUUUGUGACUAUAAAACAGUAAUACUGACUUUUUGCUGUAAUUAAUUGAUGUAAAGCUGUUAGAAACAGAAACGCUUAUUAGAAAACGUUUCAUUUGAGUUCGUGAAUCGUUCACAGUCCUAUUCCCUUGUAUGAAGAUUUAUCCAGGAAGAUAACUUACAGAUUUUUGAUCAUACUAUAUUUCUUAGAUUCUUGACCAAAGAAUGAUAUGGAAAAAGUGCAGCAUAAACAACUCUGGAAUCCAGUAUUUGUAAAUAGAGGUUUUCAUCUGGAUUAUCUCGUGGCAGCAAAUCUUGACAUACAGUAUAUAAUUUUUGCUGUUGUCGCUUUUGUCCCAAGGAGGUGUAUCCUUGUGGGAAAUACCUGUUCCAUAAAAAGGCUUUCUGAAAACCACAAGACAAAUGAAAUGCAGGAGGUAAUCAGGUUUGCAGUCAGUUCAUAAAAAAUAAUCUGCUUUGCACACUUUUGGCCAUGAGACAGUGACGGUGCAUAGGUGAUUCUGGUGUUUUAUAUAAUAUGUUAUUUUACUCUGAAAUAUAUAGCCAUUGGGUUAUUUUACAAAGGUGAUCAUCUUGAGGGCUCCAUUAAGCUGCCACUGAAGUAAACAGAGUUCAUAGGAGCUAAAUAUCAAAGAAUAUAUGCAUACACAUUGCAGUAUAACCCUGUAUUACACCUAAGAUACACAGCUUUGUGAAUUGAAUGCAGAGGGUUAUGGUCAUACAAACUGUACUUUUUUAGUGAAGGGACAGUCUUCAGAUAUACCAGAUAAAACAGAAAAGAUUGUUUCAUCUAAUUAAACAUCUAAUGAUAAGGAAAUUGUCAGAAUGUUGCUGAGCUUAAUCGUUUAUCAUCUCUUCUCACAUGUCAGCAUAAUCAAAAUAGUUGUUCCUGCAAAAUGAACUAAUGAACUCAUUUUCAGCACUUUGAUGUACACACAAAGUGCUACACUAGGAUUUCACCAUCACAUCAAGUGCACUUUUGAAAUUGUGACUGUAGCAAGUGUUUGUUUUAAUACAGCAGUGCAUCAAUUUAAGAAAAUACCUGCAGAGGGCCUGAUUUUCCUUUCACUGUAAAUCAGAGGUGGCCUUAAUGAAUGCAGUAGACUUAGAGCAGGUGUAAAACCAAUAUAAGUAAGAAAUGAUGCAGGCUUCUGAGUUUGAAUGCUUUAAUUUCUUUUUCUGAUAUUUUAACAUCAGUCAAAAUCCUGCAGAAUGGUGGGGAAAAAAAUGCUUCCUUGCCUUAAAGAUUUUCACCUUAUACAAUCCAGUAAGACCAGAGUAAGUGUAGGAGGACUGCUGUAGAUCGUUGAUUGGUCUGAGCAGUCUAAUUGCUUAUAGGGCUAAAAUCAGCAUACAGCUUUUAUGCCUUGCACAUAGGCAUCUGGCCAAAAUCUGUUCCAUCCAGAGCAGACUCUGUGUCUCAAAGCACUUUUCUUCUGGAAUUGAGGGCUGCUGUUGCAGUUGUUUAUCAAGUUAUCAAGGGUCCAUCAGGGCUUGCUAGCUCCUGUGCAAUGUCAGAUCCAAGCAUACGUAGGUUGAAUUGCUUGUAUAUAGCAACUACAUGCCAAGUUUGAGAGCACUUAUUAGCAGUACUGAAUCCAUGGAGCUCUCCCUCUCACUAGCUGAGGAAGAUGUGGUGGAAGCAUGAGGGUUGCUUCUGUGGGAGCAACCCUGGGUCUGACUUGGCCAGCAGUGAGACAGAGUUAGUAUUUGCUUUAGUGUCUCUGACCUUCAGUCCUGAGGGCUCUGAUUUAGGAAAGAACUUGUUAGCAGGCAGUCGAAUGCUGGGGAGCGCAGUGCAGGAGACAUGGGUGUUCCUGCCAGCCUGCGAGCUGUGAAGUCCAGAUGUAGUGUGCACCCACCGGCUCGAUGCAGGACUACCUCAGUAUCCCUGCACAGGGAACUAGUGUCUUCCUCAUUACAUGCAUAAUUGAUUUUCUUUUUUUUUUUUUUUCAAUACUUAGGAAAAUGGAGAGCUUUAUGUAUGAAGAAAGCAGUGUUUAAUGUUGUUGGUUAGAUCCCACUUUUAUGACAAUAUGCUGCAGCUCAGUUUGGUCCUUUUAUACAGAAAAAACCCCAAUGUGUUGCAGAGCAUGUUAAGUUAAUGACAUAUUAAUGCAAAGACAGAUUUUAGGUUGCUUGUUCGUAGACUUGAUGAAAGUGAUCAGUAUAGCCCUGACUCAAGUGAGUACAUGAGAACUGUAGAACAGAAGACCGCAUGAGGCAACAGUAUUGCCGAGACCUUGCUACUCACUUUGCUUAUGUCUGGGUCCUAGAAGACAACAGUGGUCACCACUGAGGGAGGAAGGAGGUAGGUGCUGGAAACAGUUUAUGGCUAGUAAAGGGGAGGUUAUGCCUUCCUGAAAGAAACACUUUGCUUCCACUGUUUAUAAUCAAUACCACCGUAAGUAGUAAAAUGUGCUUGCAAGGGCUUUGCUUCUCCCUUUUACACCCACAGGUGUUCUCCUCUUCCUCUUGUCUCACCUCCAUCCCUUUGUCCUUUGGAUGACAGUAUUCAGUUUUGCUAGAAUUACUGAAAAUCCUGAACUGGCUGUUUGGUUGAUUAAGAAUCUGAGUUAGAAAUAAGCCCAGGUAUUGAGAGCUAUAUUCCUGCCAGUCAAGUGAUUUUUUUUGUGUGUGUGGAUGUCCAUGUUGGCUAGAUUCGAAUGCAUGGUAUUAAAGUACGUACUGAAUUCAUUCUGUGCAACGAACCUGUGAUUGCACAGCUACUGAAAUAGCUUAAGUUUGAGUAAUCGUUGGCCUUCCAGAGACAGUCUGUUAUUGCUGCUUGCCCUGAACUGUUUUGUCCAUGCUGUGUUUGUGUCUCUUGAGACCGGUAGCCUUGGCACAGGUUGGGUACAUACGAGCUUGUGAAGUCCCAUCAUAGUCACUCAGGAUCUGCAUAGAGGAUCAGGAAGGACUGGAGACAAAAGAAACCCUAACUUUUUUAAUAUGUAUAAAAUUGUCUACUUGACCCUCAUAAUUGAUUUUGGCAGAAGGAUAUACUUUAUUAUAACUUAUUUUGUUGUUAUUUGUAAAUACAAGAUGUCUAUGGGAAAUAUGUAAUUCUGAGCUGUGUCUAUGGAACAAGCCACUGCACCAAAAUAUUUCAAAUAUUUAGAAUAGGCAGAUUUUCAGAUUUUUUAUUAAAAGGGACCUAAUAUGUAUUUAUUUACAUAUACCAUUCAAAUUUUGUCCAGCUCUUUCAUUAUACUAACCCAGCUUUUUAGGGAAUUUUAUAGCACAGGUAUUACAUAUAUAUUUUUAUAUAUAUAUGUCAUACUGUAAAUCCAUAACACAAUUUUCUAAACUUUCUGAUUAGCCAGUUCCUUGAGUGAAUUAAAGGGGGAGAGUGUAGGCAAAUUGCUUUCUGACUCGUUCAGGAAUAUGUAUCCAUGACAAUGCACCUGAACCAGAACUGUACAGCAUCCUUUUCAUAUUGUAUACAUUUUCUCUUUGAUGAAAAAAUGUUAACUAUUUUUGUUUAUGACUAAUUUAUUUUUUAUUAUUGUGAAAAAUAAAGUUAUUCAA